ACUGUCAAGAUCAAAAUUCGCCAGCAUGUCCCUCGAAAAGCUCGCAACCGCAAACAUAAAAAACCGCGCUGAAUAUUCCAACUUGUCCAUGGCGCUGAACAGGCUAGAGAAGGAAAAACAAAACGAGCUCAGAAUGAUUAACACCGAAAUACAGAGAUUCAAAUCGAAGUAUUCCAAGUCGGACUUCGGCACGGAUUCCACCGAGGCAGCCAGUGUCAAGAUGUACGAAACGCAUAAUCCGGGGUUUUGUUUCAAGAGGAAUGGGGAGCACAGGGUGCAGCAGAUUCUGGGGACGGCGCCGCAGGUCAAUUUUGAGGAUCUCCAUUUUUUGCUCUUCACUGACGGCGAAGUCGACAUCGAAAAAAUCCUCUGCUUGCACCUCCUCUCUUCGCACGAGACCGAUCACUUGACACCUCCGAGGCGUCCCCGGACCAGCAGCAGAGAGUCUCCAUUAGAACAGUUAAUUGAAAGAUCAAAAAACAACACGUCGAACGAAAAGAUGUUAGAUUCUGUCUUACCGACAUAUGUUCUCGACGUUAACAAAGGACAUCCCAAGCGGACUUUAAUGGAUGAGCGACUAUCUGCGAGACUUUUGGUCAACGAGAAAAUUCUUGAACUCAUAACGACCGUGUUGUCGGCUUUGGAGCACUCAAACCCGGAAAAAGUCAGACACUUGAUCAGUGUAGCGGAGGAUCCGAGCAGUUUGAAGAAAAUCUUCAGGAAGCAGCAUAUACAGGAUUUCGUGAUGACGCUGAAGAAUCACUCGAUUGUUAAUAGUUGCAGCUCUUUCAUUUUAACCCAACCACACAAAAUCGAGCCCAACCACAUCGAAAUCCGAACCCCCAGCGGCGCUUUAGAAGACCUCAUCCGCUACAUCCGAACCAACGUCCUACAAUUCCCCAAACGCGAAAGCUGGACCAUGCUGGAAGCAGAAUCCCGCGAACUAGUAAUAAUCGAGGAAGCCACCAUGUCACGAGCCAGCAUAGUCUCCCCAAAACGCGCAACCCCAACAACCAAAAAACAACCAGAAAAACCCCCACUCGUCGACCCGUCAAAAUUCAGACGAAAGAGCACCAACUUCGUCCAAAAAAACAUAGACCUGGCCCCUAGCUACAAAAAAACCCCCGAACCGCCAGUCAAAACCCGAAAACGGAGCACCAGCCUGGACUCGGAAAAAACCAAGCCUCCGUCUGAUCUUGGCGGGAGAAAACCGAGUCUUAACAGGACAGCGGAGCACAGAUCGUCCAUCCUCAGCAAGGGAAGUGACAGGAGCAGAAGAAUGAGCGAUAAAGAAAGAACAAGCGUUACAUUUGAGGAUGAGGAAAUCAAGGUUCAUUUGAAGCAAACAAAGUGUCCGGCGUGUAUGGAAAAGUGGAAAAUACCUCUGCCGGAGCCCAAAGUACCUGCGUUUACUCCGAAAAGUGCAGAAUCGUCGCAGGAUUCGAUAGAACGAAUCGCUAGUGCUCGAUUAUGUAAAACGGAUAGCAGAAGGAGAAUCCAGAACAUGAUAGAACAAGAACAGUUCAAGUUGAAUUCGUACGACAAGCGAUUCUCGAAUGCUAGUACUACCUCGAAUCCGGCGAAAAAGCGGGUAUCCCCUGAAACGAGCUCUUUGGAUUUGGUGGCUUUGAAUAUCCUAGACCUCGAGAAGAUAAGGCACGAAAUCCGAGAAAAAGAAACAAAAAAGAAACUAGAAAAGUUCUUAGAGGCGACUCAAAAUUGACGAAUUUCUCCUUAUUAACGAAGAUCUGUUCCGACAGUUGUUUCGGCAAAUCGAUGGUACUUUCACAACUUCGACGGAAUUGUAAUUGUUUGCAUACCAUGUGAUUUUUUGUUUGGGUCUAUAAUCAAAAACUUUCACUUUUUUGUGUGUUGGUCUGGCAGGAACCCAUUAUUAAAUAAAUUUAUGUGCAGAUUCGACAUUACUGGAAUUGGGAGCGAAUUAGAAAAGCAGUACUAAGAUAUUCCAAUUAUGAAAAAGAAACCGCGGUGUCACCUUUUACGCAGGUUUAUUCUCUGGAAACGUAUUAGUGCAAUUACACUGAUUUACUGCCUUUCUUUGAAUUGUUUAAUUAACCGUUCAAAUUCGAUUGAGUUUGUCGUAAAGAGACUUUCCAAUAGGAGAGUUCUCGAAGGGUCAUCUCUUUAUAAAUCACCGAUCGUACCGUUACCGAUGGGCUUUUUAAAGAGGCCGUAAAUUAUUCCAAACGUAACGUAGAAUUUGCAGAAAUUUGACUAAUGUUAGUUUAUUACUUGGAGAGUGUUAUGUAAAACGGUGAAUA